AUGCCGCGACCACGAAACAUGGAUGAGAGAAAACCUGGAGGAUGGGGAGCCUACGUCUGGUCGCAUUAUCUCCUAGCCGACUCGGAGCCUCAUUGCAAUGACCGCCUGGGCAGAACGCUCAAAGCCCUUGCUCAGGAAUCCACCAAGCGAAUCAGUGUCUCGACUGCACUUCGUUAUGGUACUAGUAAUAACGUCGACUAUAAGACGGCAGGGCAGAGAAACGCGUGGUACAACUACUUUGUCGCGGCUUUCGAAAAGAUCCUGAGGGAACUACCACCUCCAGAUGCGAGCGCUGAGCAAGUACGGGAGAAGCGGAGAGAGUUUCAUCAACAACGACGCAUUCCAGCACUACCACUACCACCACCACCAGUCCAAGUCCAACAUGAAGCUGCAGCUGCUGCUACUCCGCCCGAAACCCAAACCGUCCCCGGCAAAACAAUUCAGAGCAGCCGUGCCAGGAAGGAGUCGGAGCAACAGGAGCCGACUCGAGAUAAUUUUAUAGUUUACAUCCCGGCCAACGUCAAGGUCGUCCUCGUUCCCGAAGGCCCUGCUGAUGCCACUUUUUGUAUCAAGUCCGAAAGUUCUACAGCGUCUAUGUCCAUGUCUUCAACGGGCACGUCGUCGGCCGCUGAGGACACGUUGCCGGCAAGCCCUCCAUCAGUGCCGUUAUUUCCUCCUAUGCGCUGGUCCGCCUGUCCUUCGAUGGAUAGUUUGUCGUCUGAUACAUAUUCCCAAGACCAAAGGCCUUCACCAGCGCAAGGCUCAAAGGAACCCUCACCAGCGCAAGACUCAAAUUCGUUAUCCCUGUCCCUGGCGGGCUAUAACAUCAAUAUCCCCUACG